GGAGGAGAAGAAAGAUAUAGAUAGAUAUACCUAAGAGCAACUCUUCUACAUAUUUAACUAUGAGCUGUUACCUGUAGGGAGCCUAUAUACUACUUAUGUAGAACAGGGCUUAAGAUGGUAAAGAGAAUGGGUUUGUCCUUCUCUUUCCUGCCUAGUGGAGCUGCAGGCUUCAGUUUCCACUGAAUGGACUGAAACUGUCUUCCUUGAGAUGAUCUAGUGUUGCUGGCUUAUUUUCUGGAGUACUGAGCUUUGUGCGUAACUUGAAUACUCCCCAUUGCAAAAAAAAGAAUAAAAUUUUGAAGUUUAUAGUCUUAAUUCACAUUGCAAACACUGAUCAUAUUCAGGAGGUUUGGGGUGGGGGUCUUUUUUAGUUAAUUUGAAUAAUUUUUCAUGGUUUAGUACAACAGGUAAGAUGUAAUAUUCCAGGUACUGAUGUUUCUUAUUGCUAAAAGUGUUUUUGUUGCUAAGGGUCAAAGCAAGAUUGUGACACAUCACAAGUCUUGAGCUUUUUAGUUUGUUUCAGGGUAAAGGACUUGGAAGUAGAAAAAAGAGGAAGAGAAUCAUAAUGGAACUUUGAGAAGGCUACUAUGUCUAUAAGUCUAAAGAUCUUUUGGAGAAGCAUCACAGCCAUGAAUGGGCCAGUGGAUGGUUUAUGUGAUUACACGCUUGAUGAUGAAGGAGCUUUCAUGUUCACAUCGGAGUCCGUGGGAGAAGGACAUCCAGAUAAAAUCUGUGAUCAAAUCAGCGAUGCAGUACUAGACGCCCAUCUCAAACAGGACCCGAACGCCAAGGUUGCUUGUGAGACAGUAUGUAAGACAGGAAUGGUGUUGCUCUGUGGGGAGAUCACUUCCCGUGCCAUUGUGGAUUAUCAGCGAGUUGUCCGAGAUGCAAUCAGACAUAUUGGCUAUGAUGAUUCAGCUAAAGGCUUUGACUACAAGACUUGUAAUGUUUUAGUGGCACUGGAACAGCAGUCACCCGAUAUUGCCCAAGGUGUUCAUCUACACAGGAAUGAAGAGGAUGUUGGUGCUGGAGAUCAGGGUCUGAUGUUUGGUUAUGCAACAGACGAGACAGAGGAAUGUAUGCCUCUGACAAUUAUUCUUGCUCAUAAACUGAACGCCAGGUUAGCAGAGCUGAGGCGCAGCGGAGAGCUCCCUUGGCUGAGGCCCGACUCUAAGACACAGGUGACGGUGCAGUACACCCAGAAGAACGGAGCGGUGAUCCCCGUGCGUGUCCACACCAUCGUCAUCUCUGUGCAGCACGACGAGACCAUUUCUCUGGAGAACAUGCGCAGGACCCUGAAGGAGCGCGUCAUCCAAGUCGUGGUCCCUGCAAAAUACUUGGAUGACAAAACUAUUUACCACCUUCAGCCUAGCGGACGAUUUGUUAUUGGAGGGCCUCAGGGCGAUGCUGGCGUCACCGGCAGGAAGAUCAUCGUGGACACCUACGGCGGCUGGGGAGCGCACGGCGGCGGCGCCUUCUCUGGCAAGGACUACACCAAGGUGGACAGGUCGGCCGCCUACGCAGCCCGCUGGGUGGCCAAGUCCCUGGUGAAGGCCGGCCUCUGCCGCCGGGUUCUGGUGCAGGUUUCUUAUGCCAUUGGGGUUGCUCAUCCACUGUCUAUUUCACUGUUCACUUAUGGAACUUCCCAAAAAACAGAGAAAGAGCUGCUAGACAUUGUGCACAAAAACUUUGAUCUUCGGCCUGGAGUCAUUGUCAGGGAUCUGGAUCUAAAAAAGCCCAUUUACCAGAAGACUGCAUGCUAUGGUCACUUUGGAAGACAGGAAUUCUCAUGGGAAGUGCCUAAAAAACUCGUGUUUUGACAUUAGUGACAUGUCACCUUUUAAAAACAGAAAGGAAGACCACGAAUGAUGAGGAUGCUUCUGAAAAUCAAAUUUGACAGCUUUAUAUUCAACAUAAGGAAUUUUAGAUUUUAAAUGGAAAGAAAGGAAAGGUUAUUUUCUUGGAAAUUGAUUUUUUUUUAACCUUCAGUGUCUUUCAUUAUCUAAGAUAUAAUGGACAGAGUCUGUUUUUUUAAUCAGCAUAAGACAACAAAAUACAGUUUACUUGUAACUGCUGCUCUGUUGGUUCUUUGGAUAAAGACAAAGUGUGACUCAGGUACUCAAACCAAAAGCUGAACCUCAAACCUUUGAUGGGCAAAGGUGAAGACGACUUUCCCAGCUCUGACUAAGGAUCAGCAGAUCUGUUGCUUCUAAUUAGACAAUGGGAAAUUCUGGGGUCCAAUUUCCUUACUGGAGUUAGCAAUGCAUACGGCUGGGGGCUGCUUUGAUGGGAGAAGGCUGAAUAUCACCUAACAGUAUCUUGGCCUCUUUUAUAAAAGAUGUUAACAUGUAUGUAAUAUUUAAAUCACCUUCAGUGCAUAUGUGCUGUUACUGUCGUGUUUCAAUUGCCUGCGUUUUUGAAACAUAAGUGCUCUCCUAUGAAACAACAAUCAUAGAAUAAAAAGCUUUUUCCUACCAUGUAUGUAAAGGUGUAUCUUUUUCUAUGG